AUGCAGUCAUCCCCAAACAUGCUCACUAAGUUUGAGUCCAAAUCCUCCAGAGCCAAGGGAAUUGCCUUCCACCCGACACGGCCAUGGAUUCUCGUUUCCCUCCACUCCUCCACCAUCCAGUUAUGGGACUAUCGCAUGGGAACCCUCAUUGACCGGUUCGAAGAACAUGAUGGCCCAGUCCGCGGUGUUGAUUUCCACCCAACUCAACCCCUGUUUGUGUCCGGAGGUGAUGAUUAUAAGAUCAAGGUUUGGAACUACCAGACCCGGAGAUGUCUUUUCACAUUGAACGGUCAUUUGGAUUACGUGCGCACCGUUUUCUUCCACCCCGAACUCCCCUGGAUUCUGUCUGCCUCUGAUGACCAGACCAUUCGAAUCUGGAACUGGCAGAAUCGCUCCCUGAUCUGUACUAUGACUGGUCACAACCACUAUGUUAUGUGCGCCCAGUUCCACCCCACCGACGACCUCAUCGCCUCCGCUUCGCUCGAUCAGUCUGUCCGUAUCUGGGAUAUUUCCGGCCUGCGAAAGAAGCAUUCCGCCCCAACAUCCGUUUCCUUCGAAGACCAGAUGGCGCGAGCCAACCCCAACCAGGCAGAUAUGUUCGGCAACACAGAUGCUAUUGUGAAGUUCGUUCUAGAGGGCCAUGACCGCGGAGUAAACUGGGUUUCGUUCCACCCCACAUUGCCAUUGAUCGUCUCAGCAGGAGAUGAUCGUCUAGUUAAGCUCUGGCGAAUGAGUGAAACCAAGGCUUGGGAAGUCGACACUUGCCGUGGUCAUUUCCAGAACGCCUCUGCCGCUUUGUUCCACCCGCACCAGGACCUCAUUCUUUCCGUCGGCGAAGACAAGACCAUUCGUGUAUGGGACCUCAACAAGCGAACCUCCGUCCAAUCCUUCAAGCGCGAUUCCGAUAGGUUUUGGGUGAUUGCUGCCCACCCCAAGAUCAACCUGUUCGCCGCUGGCCACGACACUGGUGUUAUGGUGUUCAAGCUGGAGCGUGAGCGACCCGCAUCGGCCGUCUACCAGAACCAGUUGUUCUACAUCACCAAGGAGAAGCAUGUCAAGUCAUACGACUUUGGAAAGAAUGUCGAGUCACCCCCAAUGCUUUCUUUGCGCAAGCUGGGCUCGCCCUGGAUCCCCCCACGUACCGUUUCCUACAACCCGGCCGAGCGUGCCAUCCUUGUCACAUCUCCUGCCGAUAGCGGAACUUACGAAUUGAUCCACCUCCCCCGUGAUGCGACUGGCGCGGUUGAGCCAACCGAUGUUAAGCGUGGCCAGGCUACCUCUGCCGUCUUUGUUGCCCGUAACCGUUUCGCAGUCUUCAACCCUGCGACUCAGCAGGUUGACAUUAAGGAUCUCAGCAACUCCACCACCAAGACUAUCACACCACCUGCUGGCACAACUGACAUCUACUUCGGCGGCACUGGUUGCCUCCUGUUCAUCACCCCCACCACUGUUGUUCUCUUCGAUAUCCAACAAAAGAAGCAACUUGCAGAAGUUACCGUUAGCGGCGUGAAGUACGUUGUCUGGUCCAACGACGGCCUCUACUGUGCUCUGCUCAGCAAGCACAAUGUGACCAUUGUCACCAAGACCCUAGAGCAAGUCAGCACAUUGCAUGAGACUAUUCGCAUCAAGAGCGCAACUUGGGAUGAUGCCGGUGUCCUGAUUUACUCCACCUUGAACCACAUCAAGUAUUCUCUAUUGAACGGUGACAACGGAAUUAUUCGCACUCUGGAUCAAACUGUCUACCUUGUCCGCGUCAAGGGACGUAGCGUUUACUGCCUCGACCGCAACGCCCAGCCCAAGAUUCUCGAUAUCGAUCCUACCGAAUACCGCUUCAAGCUAUCUUUGGUCAAGCGUAACUACGAUGAGAUGUUGCAGAUUAUUAAGAACUCCAGCUUGGUUGGUCAGAGUAUCAUCUCUUACCUACAGAAGAAGGGUUACCCGGAGAUUGCUCUGCAGUUCGUUCAAGACCCGCAAACCCGCUUCGACUUGGCCCUUGAGUGUGGAAACCUGGAUGUUGCUAUCGAGAUGGCCCGCGAGCUUGACCGUCCCAACUUCUGGAGCCGACUUGGCGCCGAGGCCUUGGCUCAUGGUAACCAUCAGGUCGUCGAAAUGACCUACCAGAAGCAGCGAAACUUCGACAAGCUCUCCUUCCUCUAUCUUGCGACUGGUGACCAGGAGAAACUUUCUCGCAUGGCUAAGAUUGCUGAGCACCGGGGCGACUUCACUUCUCGUUUCCAAAACGCCCUCUACCGGGGAGAUGUUGAGGACCGCAUCCAGAUGUUCAAGGAGGUUGACUUGUAUCCCUUAGCCUACCUCACCGCUAAGUCACAUGGCUUGACCGAAGAGGCCGAGUCCAUUCUAGAGUCCUGUGGCCUGACUGAAGACCAGAUUGGACUGCCCGCUCUCGAACAGCCCCUCCAGACCCCUCGCCCUAUUGUUUCUACCUUCAAGUCAAAGUGGCCUGUCAAGGCUGCCGGUCACUCUUCAUUCGAAAAGGCCCUCCUCGGAGAGGUUGGUGCUGGCGAUGAGGAGACUGUUGGCGAUGCCAUUGAAUUUGGAGAAGAUGAAACAGAGGCUACUCUUGCUAAGGAUACCCUGGAAGAUGAGGAAGAAGAUGCCUCUGGUUGGGACAUGGGUGAUGAUGUCAAUGUUGAGGAAGAUGUUGAGUUCGUUAAUGUGGAAAGCGCUGAGGCUGGUGCGGGGAGUUCCGAGGCUGAUCUGUGGGCUCGUAACUCUCCACUGGCAGCUGACCAUGUUGCGGCUGGCUCUUUCGACACUGCUAUGCAGCUCCUCAACCGACAGGUGGGUGCUGUGCAAUUUGCCCCUCUGAAGGAUCGAUUCCUUGAGGUCUACAAGGCCUCCAAGACCUAUCUUCCUGCCAGUACCGGCUUGCCACCCCUGGUCAACUAUGUCCGAAGAACUACCGAAGAGACAGAUAGCCGCAAGGUUCUUCCCAUCAUUCCCCGUGAUCUAGAGACCAUUGCUAGCGUUGACCUGCAAGAAGGUUACGCUGCCAUGCGUUCCAACAAGUUGGAAGAGGGCGUGAAGGUCUUCAAGCGUAUUUUGCACACGCUUCUUGUCAACACCGUCUCCUCUGAGGAAGAGGUGGAACAAGCAAAGAGCAUCAUUUCCACUGCCCGGGAGUACAUCCUUGCCAUGUCUAUUGAGCUUGAGCGCCGUUCAGUUUCUACCGAUUCCGAAGCAGGCCUCAAGCGCAGCCUUGAACUGUCCGCUUACUUUACCAUUCCUAAGUUGGAGGUUGCUCACCGUCAAUUGGCGUUGAUGGCUGCUAUGAAGUUCUCAUUUGCCAACAAGAACUACAACUCCGCCUUGGGCUUCGCCAACCGUAUGCUGGCUAACGGUGGCUCCGCCAAGCUUCUGGACCAGGCCCGCAGGAUCAAGGCCCAGUGUGAACGCAACCCGUCGGAUGCGAUCGACAUCGAAUUUGAUCAGUUCGCUGAGUUCGAAAUCUGCGCUGCUUCUUACACCCCUAUCUUCAGCGGUUCGCCCUGCGUCACCGACCUCUUCACAGGUGCCAAGUACCACGAACAGUACAAGGGCAGCGUCUGCCGGAUAUCCGAGGUCACUGAGAUUGGCGCCCCAGCCAGUGGCCUGCGUCUAUUCGUCCCUGGCCUUUAA